CCAGAGAGAGAGAAAUGAAAAGUAAGGAAACGGGGGGAAAGAGAGACGGGUGUGUUGCCUGUCCUCUUCAUAUGAGCGGAAAGGCGUCAUAUUCGGUGCAGCUCGAGCGCUGUUGUUGGCCGGGGCUCACACGAGAGAGAGAGAGAGAGAGAGAGAGAGAGAGAGAGAAGGAAGAGGGGCUGCUUUACAGAUAACGGAACAGUGAAAGGAGAAAGCGCUAGCGACGAGUCAAAACGUCAAAAUCGGUGUAAAACCGGGUAAGACAACAGCGCGCGUCCAGUUUCCCUCAUCACUUCGAUUCGAGCCAACUGGGAUCGGGAUGGAUAUAUCUUCUUCUGCACCAUUUGUCAGAUCUCCGGCUAGAGAGGACCGUGCCUCACGCGCAGCAGCAGCACCCCCACCACCGAAAUCGUUUUUUCUUCUCGGAUGCUCCCAUUAGAUACAGAACAACGGUAGAUAUCGAUUAGUGGCUAGUAUUCGAAUGCGGCGCGCACUGCCCGGGAUAACGGUAGAUUGAACCUGCUGGCUGCCAUCGACUGAACAAACGGAGACGUACCAACGGUACCACGGGAUUCGUGGUCGUUCAGCUAUCUUAGGCACUGCAGCCUAGCAGGCAGCCCCCUUCGUCGCAAGAUACGGAGAAACCGUAGGAUACUAGCCUACACUCGCUCCCUGAUGCAAAACACCGCCGCAGCGCAGCGUCGAGAAACUAUGCAGCUGUUUGAUAAGAUACAUAUGUAACGGGGGAAUUACGGGAGACCCUGGCCGGGUUCUCUGUCUGAUCUGCGCACCCAGGCUGAUAACGGAGGCUCCGAUUACGGGAUUGGAAUGGCAUAGAUUGCUUUUUUUCAACACGGUGACCGACGAACAGAACGGAUACAUAUCUGACAUGACUAUCUGCAUCUAGAGACCUCAAACACAGGCGAUGGGAUGAAAAUGCGACGUCACAGAGUGUUCUUGCUGUGCACAGUGGGCCUGUGUGUCAUCUCCUUCCUCCACUAUUACAAGGCCCUACACUACGUAUCCCUGCUCAAGGAGCUGUCGGCCCCGUACCCCAACAUCAAGUCCUUCAUCAUGGUGACAGGCUUCUUCUGGAGGGAGGGGGCCACACCGUUAACGUCGGCUGCCUCGUCGUCUGACUUCGCCGCCUCGCAGGAGGAAGGACCCCCGCCCGCCCUCAGGCCCUCGGACACCAAGCCCCGGAUAGUAGGGGCUAUUGGCCCUGGGGGUGGAGGAGGAGGUGGGGUGGAGAUGAGGCUGAGAGAGGAACCUGCUGCGCCCCAACCAUGGGGUCAACCAGAGGAGGAGCCCAGACACAGGGACACGGAUCACAACGAGGAGCGUGAAGGUGAGGACCUCCACUUCAAGCCCUGGUACCCCAGCCACCCAGCCCACCCUGUCAGACCUUACGCCCCAGAGGAAAGGGCCUCGGCUGGGAUCGAUGACCAGGUGGUGCCCUCCAAGGCUCCAUCCCCGGACCCCUUAGAAACCCUGGGCGACAUCCACACCCGCACCCACCAGCUCCAGGACGACCCCACCUCCUACUUCGUCCGCACUAAAGCCGGAGCCCUCUGCUUCCGCCAGGGGACGGAGGUCACCACCCCCAGGGAUGACGCGGCACGACCCGGGGGGCCUACUGUGACUGGUACUGGGGUAGGAUCUCGAGCAGGCUCCCCUGGGCAACGUAAGCCCCUGGUGGUCCUGAACCAAUCCCACCAACAACCACUCCAUCCGUCGUCCUCCGGCACCUCCAUGCCUCCCAAGGCCAAAUCAAGAGGACGAGGAGGCAAACGACUGGUAAAAUGUGUGUGUCGGCCGGGGUGGCACGGGCCCUACUGUGGGGUACCUACCAUGGUCUACCACUCUAACCUGCCCACUAAGGAGAGACUGACGCCCAGAGAGACACCCAGGAGGGUGAUCAAUGCCAUCAACGUGAACCAUGAGUUUGAUCUUCUCCACGUGAGGUUCCACGAGUUGGCCCAGGCUGUGGAUCUGUUCCUGGUGUGUGAGUCUAACUUCACCGCCUACGGAGAGAGACGACCACUACGGUUCCUGCGUCUCCUCCUGAACGGAACCUACGACUACGUGCGCCACAAAAUCCUCUACGUUUUCCUAGACCACUUUCCCGACGGCGGGCGCCAGGACGGCUGGAUCGCAGAUGACUACCUCCGUACCUACCUGACCCGCGACGGCAUGGCCAGGGUGACCGGAUCACGCCCCGACGACGUCUUCGUCAUCAACGAUGCCGACGAGAUCCCGGCCCGCGAGGGACUUCUUUUCCUCAAGCUGUUCGACGGGUGGACGGAACCAUUCGCCAUCCACAUGAGGAAGUCGCUCUACGGGUUCUUCUGGAAGCAGCUGGGGUCGUUGGAGGUCGUGUCGGGGUGCACGGUCGGAAUGCUCCGAGACGUCUAUGAUGCCGAUGGGAUACGUCUCCGGCGCCGGGAAUACUACACCAUGCCCGGUUUCAGGAAGUACGAGAACGACACGGGUCACAUCCUGGUCCAGUGGGCUGUUGGAAGCCCCUUCCACUUUGCUGGGUGGCACUGUUCUUGGUGCUUUAGCCCUGAGGGCAUCUAUUUUAAGCUGAUCUCGGCCCAGAACGGGGACUUCCCGCGUUGGGGCGACUACGAGGACAAACGGGAUCUGAAUUAUAUCCGGGACCUGAUCCGGACGGGGGGUUGGUUCGAUGGAUCGGUGCAGGAGUACCCCCCCUCGGACCCCAAAGAGCACAUGUACGCCCCAAAGUAUAUGUUGGAGAAUUAUGAGAAGUACCUGUACCUUCUGGAGAACCCGUAUGUCAAACAUGAUAAAAUGAUUGAGGGGUAACGAAUUCGGGAGGGGUGGAGAAUUGAAGGAAGUGAAUGGGUAAGGAAGGAGGGCCCCUGGGACUCACAAGGGGGGGACAUGGAAACAAAAUUAGCACUCUUCAUGGGUGAAGGAUACAGAAGGAAAAAAAGCCUUAGCACUGAUGGGGAAGGAUACAGACGGAAGGAAAACACUGACGUUGGAAGGAUACCUAACACAAGCUCCAAAAAGUCCUUAUUUUUGGGUAAAAGGGAACAUUGGAACAGCUUUGGGGGGAAAUGACCACUGACUACUGACAAAAUAGUCCUCCCUAGAAACACUCUCUAUAUCAACCUCUGAGCCUCACCUACUACUUUCCUAGUUCUGACUGACAGACAGGCCUUUAUGCUGGGUUGGUACGGUGGGGGCAGAGGGACAAAACAGGCGAAUCGCAAACCUGUGGAAAAAGGAAGCAAAAGAUGACAUUUUUGUUUCUGUUGAUGUUUACUUCAUCAUAUCGUCAUAGCGACACAGACACUCCCUCAUCCCGUCGCGGAAUUCUCACUCACUGUUGGAUACCUUCCUGUUGUGUUUUUAGUGACCCCCUGCUAACACACACACACACACACACGUUCUCCUCUCAUCAUAUGUGAGUUAGAUAUAGUGCAGUCUACAGUGUAUUGCUUUCCUAUGGUUAAUAUUCUUGCUUGCAAAUGAACUGACAAGAAAAAAAGGCUGAAUCGUUGUAGAAACUCUCAGUUAACUUUACACACAUGGAAUGGGACUUCUGCAUCUGUUGCUGCAAACCACUAACACUCUGUGUGUGUGUGUGUGUGUGUGUGUGUGUGUGUGUGUGUGUGUGUGUGUGUGUGUGUGUGUGUGUGUGUGUGUGUGUGUGUGUGUGUGUGUGUGUGUGUGUGUGUGUGUGUGUGUGUGUGUGUGUGUGUGUGUGUGUGUGUGUGUUUAGGUGUUAAUCUGUGUGCAUGCGCGCACAUGUGCACUGGGGUGUGCUAUCCUGAAAGGUCAGAACACAAUAUGUGUGUGUGUAUAACUGGGUGACAGACAGACAGACAGCUCUGAAUGAAUGAUGAAGUGAUGUCGUCUUCAUAGCCUUUUGUACAGCACAGCAGAGGGUGUAUUGUUGUUCUAUGUGGCCUAUAAAGACAAAGAUUUAAACACAAAA